AUGCAGCAAUCAUCAGAGUCAGCAAGUCGGAGCCGAAGCGAAAAGAGCUUUCCAGAUAUAGCUUAUAUCCCGCACCAGAGACAUGGUAGCUUCUCAAGGAGCAUCCGCCGCUCAACCGAACUUCUCGCAGUUGGACACGAUGAGGCAGUGCUCUUCAACCACUUCGCCGUACAUCUCGGACGUUGGCUAGACUGUACCAAUGCCUCGCGUGUCUUCACAUUGAAUGUGCUGGAUUUGUUCAGGUUGUGCCCCAUUUUGUACCAAGCAGUCUUGUGCUUCGCCGCACGCCACCGUAGAGAAGACGAGGUCGCUGAAAAAGCGUAUCACCGCUGUAUCAAUCUACUCAUCGUCCGCCUCAAAGAUGGUUUUGUGGGACAUGACGAUAUGCUACUCUCAGCCGUGUUAAUCUUACAUUUUGCUGAUCAGCUUAAUGUGCCAUCACGUAUGAACUCAAGGGACAAGCAGCACUUGGAAGGUACUUCAAGCAUUUUGCGUGCCUCACAAACUAGCAAACUUAUAGACCCCUCAGCAUCAACGCUUCGCGAUGCUGCUUUCUGGGUCUACGUACGGCAAAUCCUUUACAACGCCAGCAUCUACCAACAACCUCUCGAUAUCGAUUUUUCGCUCCAGCUGUAUCCAGUGCCAAAGCUUAUGCGAUCUAUGCAUCCUUUAGAUUGGUUGAGACUGGAGACAGCUUGGGCUAACCAGAUGCUAUGGCACACUGCUUGCAUUGCCAAUUUCUGCUUUGCGGGCGUUGGAACACCAAUUGAGCCAGCGGCCAGAGCUCACCGAUGGAACGAGCUAUCUGAAGCAAUUCAAAUCUGGGAUAAAGAAAGACCAACAGUUUUCGAUCCAAUCGGGUCAGGUCUGUACGAAGAUGGAGGCGUGUUUCCUGAGAUCUGGUUCACGGCAGACUGGCAUGUCAUCUCAUAUAUCUUCUUUCAUUUCUCGAGUAUCCUUCUUUUGAGAUACAAGGCAGGCGCAAAAUUUGCAAUACACUUCGUCCGUGGCGACAUAUCGCCUGCAGACCGUCAGAUCUUGCGCCAUAUACGAGCCAUAUGCAGUGCAUGCAGGUCGGCAAGGCAGAAUCCUCAGCUCAUGAUUGUCCUCUCCCAUACAGUUUUCAUAUGGGGACCUUUGCUGUCCGUACCGCAAGAGCAGGAUGAGGUGGUUAACCUGCUGGAGUCUUUCGAGCAAACCCAUGCAUGGCGAACAUCCUGGAUAGUUGAGUUGCUCAAAGAACAGUGGAACAAAGCCGAAGUUAUUAGUCUAUCUACUCGUAAGUAA